GCGAGUAGGAAAUAGAAAUGUGGCAUCGCGAGAGUAGGGAACCGGAAAUGGUAAAAAGAUUCUGAGGGUAAAGAGAAAGCGGAGAAACAGACAAACUUUUAUAAUAAGUUGCGCUGAGAUUGCUAACGUGGAUCGAAUAUCCUCACGUUCACACUAUCCCAUUGGAUGGAGCACGAGGCCGCCACACGCCUCUACAUCUGUCCCUUAUCUCCUCCCUCCACGUGGACCUCAAUCCAACGGUGACCACACGCCAUUUCCCCCUUAUAUAAACCCUUCCUCCUCUUAUCAUCAUCAUCAUAUCAUCAUCAACAACACCACCAAAUCUCAGGCGCCUCAUAUCCCCUCAGAAACAUCCUCUACAAUCUCUCUACAGAUGGCCUCAAGGGCUCUCUCGUCUUUCACCACCAAGCCCGCUCCCUCUCCCAAGCCACUGCUCCCCCAUGGCGUCUCCUCCGCUUCUCCGGCGGUUUCUGUCGGAUUCUCGAGGAAAACUGGCGGCGGCAGAGCACUCGUGGUUGCAGCGGCUACGGUGGACACAAACAACAUGCCGAUGACCGGAGUGGUGUUCCAGCCGUUCGAGGAGGUGAAGAAAGCCGAUCUGGCCAUCCCAAUCACAUCUCAUGUCUCCCUCGCUCGCCAGAGGUUUGCCGACGCUAGCGAGGCCGCCAUUAAUGAGCAAAUCAAUGUGGAGUACAACGUCUCGUAUGUGUACCAUUCAAUGUACGCAUACUUCGACAGAGACAACGUUGCUCUUAAGGGACUAGCCAAGUUUUUCAAGGAAUCAAGUGAUGAAGAAAGAGAGCACGCAGAGAAGUUCAUGGAGUACCAGAACAAAAGAGGAGGAAGAGUGAAACUUCACCCGAUCGUGUCACCUAUCUCAGAGUUCGAACAUGGUGAAAAAGGAGAUGCAUUAUAUGCAAUGGAGUUGGCUCUGUCUCUGGAGAAACUUACCAACGAGAAGCUUCUAAACCUUCACAGCGUAGCGACAGAGAACAACGAUCCCCAGUUAGCUGAUUUCGUUGAGAGUGAGUUUCUUGGAGAGCAGAUUGAAGCAAUCAAGAAGAUCUCGGAAUUCAUCACCCAGCUAAGGAUGGUUGGGAAAGGACAUGGAGUUUGGCACUUCGACCAGAGGCUUCUGAACUAGACUGGAGCUCUAUCACCUCACUUUUAGUUGGCCAAUGCUGGGAUUGAACAGAAGAACCCGAAGAUUCUGUACAAGUUUUAGAUUUGGAGGAAUAAGAUUGUAGUAUCAAGCUGUGUUUAAGAUGGGUUUUUUUGUAAUAAUUUCCUUAAGCUUAAUCAAUCAAGGCUUCUGCUUUACUAUUUUUCUACUCUAAUAUCUAUGACCGAACGGAGAAUAAAAACAUAGAUAGAUCCCUCUAAUUGAAAACGUAACGCAAAAGGAGGAAAGCAUAACGAACCUGUUGAUGAAGGUAGUCACUGGGAUAACUGAAAAGUUGUAAGAUAGCCAAAUGAGAAAUCAAUCUCCGACCACUGAGCUUGUGGCUAUGGCUUGGCCAUCCGUGAAGAAAAAUAUACACACAAAAAAAAAAAAACACAAUUCCCAAUUUCGUUAUCCUGUGUACGGGUCGGGUUAUCCGUACCCAUUAAACAAUUAUUGAGCCCAUUAAUGAUCCAAUGGGCUGCGAGUGUACAAAAGAUAGACGUUGAAAUUUUGAUUUCAAUUUGAAC